GGGGAAAAAAGCGAAGCAAUCUUCGUUCCACGCUCCCAAUUCAACGCCUCAUUCACGCUGGCUCACUCUUACAGCCAUCUCUGCGCACGAGUCUCAUCUUCAGCCUGAUUCCAUUUAUCCCCCUCUCAAGCUGGUCUCUCAUUGAGGAAUUCCGCUCGUUGCAGAGAGAGAGGCCAGCCGGCUGUCAUUUUCUUAGCCCACACCACUACCAUCCCCGUCCAACCCACACACCUUGGUCCUGUUCUCCGAACAGCCAACAACCUACAGACAUCUUCAAGUCAAAGCACGUUCUUGACCCCGAGCAAUCGCGCCUGCUCACGUCUUUUCUGAGAUUGACCGAGAAUUCCUCGGCCGCUUCACAUCUCAGUUUUCCAACCCGUACCGCGCCCCCUACCUUACUCUACCCAUCUCACAGACGCCCCCAUCUCAUUACACCAUACCCGCUCUCACUUUUGCCUCCACAUACCCCCAUUUCCCCCGUCUUCACGUCUCUUUCAUGAACGGCCAUCGACAUCAUGUCAGACGUUGAGACACCGGAGCAGUCUUUUUCGACUCCGACGCCUCAGCUCACUCCCAAGGCCAAGGGCCGCGGUAGAGGCCGGGGCAGAAAAGCUGUCGCGCCUAAGAAGGAGCCUCCCAAACCCGCAGCCACAGCCGGCACUGGUCGACGCGGCCGCUUCAAGCAGUUCUCAGACGACAAAGUCCAGGCAAAUUAUGAACGGCAACGCGAGCUCAAGGCACAAUACGCGGCUCUCGCUAAUGCCGUGAAGCCAGCGCUACAAGAUCUGGCUUCGCGCUCCAUCGACACACUCACAAAUGACAAGGACUACCACAAAACGGUGCCGGAAUUCAAAGUCAUCGAGGACAAUCUCGGCGCUCGCUUCGAAAGGUCCCUCCUUUACUUGGAAAACAAGCUGGCGACUGCCGCCAGAACCGUCUUCAAGUCCAAACAUGCCAAGCUCGGCGCCGUUCGCGAUAUUUUCAAGAACGGAGUUGAAGAUGCGGAAGACAGAUUUUUGGAUGCGCAGCUUCAUCGCCUCAACCUUCUGGAAUACCUUCAUGACCAUGGUCUUCCUGUUGACCUCGUCGAUGCAGGCUGGAAUUAUAAACAAAUUUCGGACAAGGAAGCCCAAGAAUUCGGCCUCUAUGAAGUCUACGUUGACGGAGCACUCGUUCCCUAUCCUCAACUCGUCGAAGGCACCGAAGCCCAUGCCCUGAGACAGGCUGCUUGGGCGGAGCCACAGGCCGCGAAGGAGACUUUGGCGCCGCCUUCCGCGGCAGCGACUGGAGGACGGACUAGCAAGCGGAAAGCCAACCAACAACCAGAUGGCCAGCCGGCCUCCAAGAGGUCUGCUGCCGAUGUCGCGCCCGUCCGCCACAUUGCUGGUAUCAUGUCGGCUCAGCAUGCUCCCAUCGAAGACGAAUCGAAUGAGAGCACGCCGGUACCUGAGGGUCCGUUGACCGCUGACCAGAGAGAGCCCGCCUUGCCGGCAAAGGCUUCAGAGCCAGAUGAAUACGGUUGCAGACAAGUCAACCGGCCGACAGCCAAGAAUGGAGCGAGUAUCGCGAAUCGCCUUAUUGUUCCUCCAUCAUUCCAGUUCGAUGACGACGAGAUUGGAUUCCGUGAUUCCACCAACUCCCCUAGGCAUGGAGCCACGCUCGCUAAGCGUGGAAAGUAUCUCGGCAAGCCAAACUCGAACACCUGGCACUUUGAUCCUCUGCUCGCUCGUUGGGAUGCUAGAGACCUUGACGAAGAAGACUACGACUUGGAGCUUGUCCAGAAGUACGGCACUCACCCCCGAUUGGGCUGCUUCCUGCCCACGAGCAAAAAUGACUCCGAGCCGCCAAAACCAGAGGCAGAGCCGAUGCAUCCCACAGUUUUCCUGACUCCCUCAGGCAGGACCAUCCAUGCAUCUCGUGUCGUCCCCAUUGCAAAGGUCGAGAUUGCUCUAGCUGACAAGCCAUACUCGGAAAGAAUGGGCGCGAUUCUCUCUACCAUCUGUGAAAUGGAAGACAUCUCCCCCGAGGACAUUGAGGGACCUGAGCUUAAGGCUCUCAAGGAAAUCGCAGAAGAAUAUGUCGAGCAAAGACUCAUCGCCGAAUCUGUCAAGGAGUCCGAGCCCGCGAGUCUGGAGGAUACGCCUGCCACUUCGCCCCUCCCUAUGAACGACUCUGCCCUUAACAUUGCUGGGUUGGAGGAGCUCGUUGUGGCUGCGGAAGCCGUCGAGGCGGAGGCCAAGGUGGUGGAAUCUGUCGAAGAGAAGCCGGUGAUCCUGCCCGCUCCGACUCCAGUCAGACCUGCUACCCGUGCUUAUGACGCUAUUCGCGACAUAUUUGGAGGGUCCGAAUCAGCUGCCGCUGAGCCUCCAGCUCCCGUCCUAGUGCCGGAGCCCAUUGACACUACUGCGCUCGCAAUCCUCGCAGAUGCGUCUACUUCCACCUACCCUCCCCAGCCCGUCGACCUUGUCAUGGCCGAUGCUCCCAUCAGCCAACCCAUUCCAGUUGAUGGUCCUCCACCUCCCCAUUCCCAUCAUCAUCACAUCGACUCUGGAUAUGUGGUUCAGCCCAUUCCCGCUGAGUUCCGCAUCCAGGCUGCACCUUCAAAUGAUAGUGUCGGCUGGAUUGAACCUCGAAUCGCUUCACCGGGCGUCGACGGUCGAAUCCACCAAUCUAUCGAAACCCCGUCGAUGAGAGAUCCGUACUCGAACCAAUUACCCCCUGCUCGACCAGUCGAGAUGUCUCAAAUGAGGUCCUCGAUUGACGCCACCAAUGAUACCCGCCGGCACUCCAUGUACCACGAGCACAGCGCUCCUUCGGCCUACAACGAGCAGCACUUGCCUCAUCCGCAUAACCAGCAACACCUGCCGCAAGCAGACCCCAUGAUCGACCCGCGUCUUUACUCUGCACCGAUGGACGCUUCGACCGCACAUCAUGAAUAUCAACAACAGGCUUACGGUCAGAGCCAGCAGGAGCAGGGUGUUCAGAUCGAGCAACAUCAGAUUCAGCAACAGCAACAGCAACAGCAGCAGCAACAACAACAGCCGCCGCCGCCACCUUAUAUGAGCACCAAUAGCGGCUCGUUCUACCCCCCUGGUCCACCCAGGCCAUACCACAAUGGAUACACACAGGAGCAGCCAGGUUUGCCGCCCAUGAUGAACCAGUACCCACCCUACACAGGCACGCAACCUCCACCACCACCUUUGCAGCAGCAGCAACAGCAGCAACCGCCGCCUUACGGACACCCAGGCAUGUCUCCCACUUACUCAUCCAUUGCCCCAGCACAAAGCCCUCCGAAUCUUCAGUUCGUUCCGCAGCAACCCGGCGAACCGUCUAGAAGCCGGGCUGGAAGUGGCUCAUCAACUCCAAGUGCACAGGGAAACAGCAAAUACCCCAAGCUGGCCCCCGCCCCUCUGCCUGCUCACAGAGUAGGGUGGCCUCAAGGCCCUGAACUGCGAACCGUUCAGUAUGACUACAAGGAAAACAUCAAAGACUAUGCGCCUACGGAACCCCCUCCGCGUCGCGGCCCUGUCCAAAUUCGGGGAUGGAACAUAAACAAUAAUAGGAUCCAGCGCCAGAAGACAGAUGAGAACGGCGACGAGCGACGCGGGUCCCGCUAG